AUGGCGGCCGUUGAUAAGCCAGGGGACCUGGCACGUAUGAUCGAAGAGUCGGAACAACUGCGCCGACGCAUCUUGGAGAAGCCGGAGCAAGUUCUCACGAGAUGGGUCAAUGAGCGUGCGGUUGGAGUGGCCAGUGUGGCCGCGAUGCGUUUGAAUCAUCGUGCUCUGGAGGUGGUUGCCACGUGGUGGGUGCAGCGAUGUGAUCAUCCGAAGACAGAUCGUUGCUUGGAUGAGUUCUACGACAUCCUCCGGCAUGCAUGGACUAUUCCUGAAGGUGGCUUGCCUCACGAUGAGUUGCUAGCCAUCGAGGAUGGACCUUUGGAGAUCCCUGAGGAUGACGAUGCAGCUGAUGGGCUUGCAAGCCACGCAGAUGCUGCCAUGGAGGAGGGUGAGGAAGAGGCUGGGGAUGUGGAUGAUCCGACGGUUGAGCCUUCGGAUCCCUAUCUGGAGAAGGCUAAGGAGUUGUUGCCGAAGUCGCCGCAGCUGGAUAUACAUCAGGAUGCUCAGGUGGUGAAGGCAAGCUCCGCUGAGAGCUUGGAGCCGAAGACGCCUCCGAAAACUCCGACGCCGGCGCCCGAAGCUCCGAAUCCUGUUCCUGCUCUGACUCGUCGGCAGCCGGUGUGCACACCGAAGAGGCUCUUCCAAGAGGUGACUCCAUGCAAAGCAGCGGCUGAGGAGAAGAACGAUUCCGCAAAGCCUUCCCAGGCCGAGGCAGUGAUGUCGCCGGAGCCGCCUCUUGUGCUUCGGGACCAGCAGCGCAAAGCUGGGGACUUGAAGGAUGAUAUCGCGAAGGCUUUCAAGAAUGACGAUGAUGAUGAUGAUGAUGGCGAUUCGAAGAGCGUCGUGGACCCUGAGGGAAAGGCAUCGGACGGCGAGUGUGCCAGCCCAGUGGCUGCUGAGCGCGGUCGUGGUGGCCGUGGAAGCCGCGGCCGUGGGGGCCGAGGUGGCCGUGGGGGCCGAGGUGGCCGUGCGGGCCGAGGCGGCCGUGGCGGCUCCAGGGUGAAGGUUGAGGCGGGAGCCUUGCAGAUCAGCGACGAGGAGACUGCCGGCGAGGAGGUUGAGGACGUCGACGCUGAGUUCGAGCCGCCACCGGUGCUCAAGCGACCAGCUGCUAAGACAGCCGCGAAGUCGAAAGCGAAGGCAAAGGCCAAGGCCAAGGCCAGUGCUGUCGAGGAGGAGCCUGCUACGAAGAAGAGCAAGCGAACUACUUUCGCUGGUCGCCGAAUCGGCAAGGGGGAGCUUGCGAGGCACCGCUUCCUAUCCGUGCAGGAGAUCUUCGAUUCCAUGAUCGCUCCCAAGCUUAGGUUCCCUUCCCAGAGCGAGGAAGUCUACUGGGAUAUGGUCUACGGCGACCUUCUCAGCAUGGAGAACCCUUCCCGGGCCAAAUACGAUCGAGUCUGCCGAGCUGCGGCUACAAAGUUCUUCAACAGUGUGAUGAACUUCUUGGCGUCCCGUGGCUUCUACAAGGCGUGCCCGGGAUAUCCUGGCUCGAUUUGGAAAGGGCGCAGAUGGGAUUCACACUUGCUUUCAGUUCAGAAUGCAGUGGAUAUGGAGACGGCAGUCACGGACAUGAUGAUGGCAGCCCAGUGGAGCAGCUGGGAGGACGCCGCCGUCGUCGUCCCAGAACCGAAGCCAGCCACGCCCUGCCACGGCAAAGCAACCCCAAGCAUAUUGGAGCCACCUCUCAUAGAAAUUGGGACCCAGACUCAGACACCGCCUCGGAAAGUGAAUGAAGCCCCAGUGCCAAGCCCGAACACCAAGAAGCCUACGAGUGCGAGCGCCGAGAAAGCUAUGAGCCCCGUUCCCAAGCACAUUUCCACUCUGGCAAAGACGGUUCGGAAGACGCCGAAGGGCAAAACUUUGACGGACGAGGAUAUCCUUGCUUCAGUUCCGGACUUGCAGGACAAGAGUGCGCCGGAGCCGGCAACCUUCAUCUCAGAGGUGGAAGUCAUCAGGGCAGAGAUGCUGGAGAACGAAGUACCAGCUACGACUCUGUCGAGCCUCACAGCUGCAGCUACCGUGGCUGAUUCGGGCCUUGGCCGGGCUGUUCCAGCAGGGGCGGAGGCAAAUGCAUCGAGGAAUGCCCGAGCUUUCAUCUAUCGAUGGGGUAUGGUCUGGAAGGUUCCUAUUCGUGUCUUCCAUUAUCAUAAUGAUGAUGGGGUCGAUCUGGAGGUUCCGUACAUCUCGCCACUGGACUACACACAGUUCUUACUUGAGCGAGCUCCUGAACUACUUUUCGGUGGUCUAGGUAUUGUGGAAGGUCAGAAGAUGCUCGACUCCUUUUGGGCUUCUUAUCGACAAACACACAAGACGCAUGAAGUGUUCCAGGAGCAUUCAGGAUGCACGUCACGGGUCAUCCCAUUUUGUUUCCACGGAGAUGAAGGCCGGGGUCUCAAGAAAACAAACACUUGCAUCAUGAUGCUCGAGGCGAUCUUCGGUUUGAGCACUGCAGAAAAUAUUCAGUGCAGAACACACUACGCCUCUUGUCACUGCUGCUCGGAGAUGGGCCUGGAUCUGGAGGCUCGUUGCAAGACCCAGGCUGGGAAGCAUGACACAGCUCCUGCUUCUGCAUUUCAAGAAAUCAAUUUGCAACAUCAUUCAUUCCUGACGAAGUUUGUGCUGUUCGCACUCCCACGUGUUUUCUUCAAGCAAAAGAACUUGUUUGAAUUGUUGAUACGACAAAUAUCGGCAGAACUACGGCAGCUUUUUUUCGAGGGAGUAUAUGCACGGGGAAUGUAUUGGUUUGGCGCUAUCAUUGGCCUGAAAGGAGAUUUAGCUUGGUACCAUAAGAUCGGGAAGCUCACUAGAUGUUAUAGACAUCUAGCACCGGAUUCUGCCUCCUGCCACGUUUGUGGUGCUGGAACAAACGACCAGCCAUUCGAGGAUAUUCGGCGAAACCUUGCAUGGCGCAGGAGCUUGUACACACAGCGACCGUGGUCGAGUGACGACCCGCCUAUGUUCGACAGAAUACCAUUCGACCGCAAUGCUCCAGAGAAGAUCCUGCGGCGGGAUUUUUUCCAUUGCAGCAAGAUUGGAACGUUUCGAGAUUUCAUUGGUUCCUCCCUCCUCUUGAUCAUCCAGUUUGGCUUUUUCCAUGAGGAUGCUGGGCCAAAUAACCGGUCGGUGCUUCUACAACGGGCUUUUGGCCAUUUCCGUUUAUUCUGCUCUUCGCAAGGCAAGCAUCCGGCCAUGCAUUCUUUCACAAAAGACAAUUUCAAUUGUUCGACUUCGAAGAAAUACCCUUGGUGCAAAACCAAGGGCAGUGACACAAUGCUGCUGAUCGAUUGGCUACAGUAUCUUAGCCGGUCGUGUUUGAUGGAUCCGAAGAAGGAUGAGUACAUCUUUUUUUUGCAGCUAAUCAAUCGGACUGCAAAAGCUGGCACUUCUUGGGCUAAGUGCCUCUACAAGCAUGGACUAUGGCUGUCUAGGAAAUGUGCUUUGGCCCUGGCCGAAGAAGGGUAUCAAUUCUUGAAAGGUUACAACACUCUCGCUCAUGCCUGCUUGAACUCAGCCCUCAUCGAAGACCUGCCUUUCAGAGGCUACGGCAUGAAGCCCAAGCUGCACCUUUUGUUCCACGACAUUCAUGAAGUUUGGGAAUGGCUAUCUGAUCCGACCAUUACAGCAAUUCCAAAUCCAUUGAUUUAUGGAUGUGAGGCCAACGAAGAUGUGGUGGGCAAGGUCUCUCGAGUGAUUCGUCGAAUACACCAGAAGCAAGCCGCUCGCUCUGCCCUGGAACGAAUUCUAAUGAAGAUGAAGGCGCUCCACAGAAGAUUUAUGAAUGGUGAGAAACAGAAUCUAUCUCGAAAGAGAAAGAGGGAUUUGAGUGCCAGGCCAUGA